AUGAAGGAAAACUGCCGCAUCGUCUUGGCUUCAAGCAGCCCGCGGCGGCAAGAGAUCCUAGGACUUUUGGGAUUGCCGUUCGAUGUCAUCAAGCCAAAGUUUGCUGAGGACCUGGAUAAGUCAAAAUACACGCCACGGGAGUACGUCAUGGCAAAUGCACGCAUCAAAUGCGCGGAGGUGGUCAUGAAGCUCGCCCACCCCAGGCACCCCCUUUCCGAUGAGAUGGAAAGGAAGGUUGGAAUCGUCAUUGGUUCUGACACUGUUGUCGUCCUGGGUGAGACCAUCUUGGAGAAGCCCCAGGACGAGGAGCAUGCCCUCCAGAUGCUUCAGUCGCUGAGGGGCCGUGAACACCAGGUGAUGACUGGUGUGGCCAUAUCUGUGGCUGGGUCAGAAGAUCCCGUCGCUAUUUGUGAAGUCUCUACCGUCUGCUUCGCCGACAGCUCAGACGAGGAGCUCAAGGCCUACAUCGCCACCGGGGAACCCUUUGACAAAGCCGGAGGCUACGGCAUCCAGGCGGUGGGCAGCUUGCUCGUCACCGGCAUCCGCGGCGAUUAUCAAAAUGUCGUCGGUCUUCCGCUGGCG